AUGCGAAGAAGGCGCCAAUAUUUCUUUUCUCUUUUUCUGUCUAUUCUUUAUAUUCUUAUAAUCUAUCUAUCUAUCUAUCUAUCUAUCUAUCUAUCUAUCUAUCUCAAUCUAAUUAUUUAUUUGUUAGUUUCUAUCUACCUCACUCGGUUCAUAUCUAUCAACCUCAGUCGAUUCAUAUCUAUCUGUCUAUCUAUCUAUCCAUCUCUCAUUCAAUUCAUAUAUAUCUGUCAAUUUCUAUAUACCUCAGUCGGUUCAUAUCUAUCUAUAUAUUUAUCUAUGCCAAUUGAUUUACAUAUUUGUCACUAUCUACCUAACUCGGGUCGUAUAUAUCUAUCUAUCUAUCUAUCUAUCUAUCUAUCUAUCUGUUAUGGGCCGGUUCCUUGUGCCACGUCCCAUAACACUAUCUAUCUAUCUAUCUAUCUAUCUAUCUAUCUAUCUAUCUAUCUCACUACUACAUUCUUACUUUCAUUAGUAAAUAAAAAGAGCGUCACAUUUGUCGCACCCUAUCUAUCUAUCUAUCUAUCUAUCUAUCUAUCUAUUUAUAUAUCUAUAUAUCUAUCUAUCUGUCUGUCCGUCUGUCGGUCUAUCAGUCUAUCCAUAUACACAGUAAAUGUUAAUUUCUGUGUCCACACUGAUUCUAUCUAUCUAUCUAUCUAUCUAUCUAUCUAUCUAUCUAUCUAUCUAUCUAUCAUAUCCACUAUGAACACAGCUACAAUGUGCUGA